AUGGGAACCACACAGAAACCUGCAAUAAGCACACACAGAGCUCCAUCCGACACCAUGGCACCAUCCAGGAAGAAAACAGCCAAUGGAACCAGCAAAAACAAUGUGAAGAAGAAAAAGCUCGCUGCGUUUUUAAAGGACUUUGACCGUGAAGUCCAAACGAGAAUUGAUCAGCUACAAACAAAUGGGCAAAAUCUUCUCAAGGAAUUGGAUAAUCUUUAUAACAUAGAAAACCUCAGACUUCCUCUAGCACUGAGAGAAAUGAACUGGCUUGACUACUUUGCUAAAGGAGGAAGUAAAAAGGCUCUAGAAGAAGCAGCAACGGCAGAUUUGGAACUAUCAGAAAUAAACAAACUUACAGCAGAAGUUAUCCAGACGCCUUUCAGAAUUGUCAAGAAAGCUGAAAAAUCCAAACAGGAUAUCGAUGCCAUUGAAGAAGAAACAGAACUUAGUUUGCUCCCUGUAGCUAAGAAGAGGAAACAGGAUAACAAAGCCCUUGAAGAAUCAGAGCCAGAACAUGCAAAUGUUAAUCCCAAAACAGGAAAGGUGAAGACAUCAACCAAAAAAGUGCCAGUUUCGAAGAGCAGAAGAGCUCCAUCAGCGAGAGUGAAACGCAUUAGUAAAAGGUCAAGCAAAAAUAACUUUGUCACUCCAGCCCUUGGCCGAGUCCCUGAUGCCUGCACAUGGGGAAGGACCUCCACUGUCACCCCUAAGUUUGAUUCCAGGCUUUUCAAGACACCAGGUCUACGCACGCCUGCAGCACGUGAACAUGUUUACAUAGUCUCUGCAAACGGCAGCCCUCUUGCUAACAGCAACGAUGUCAUCAUUACAGUCCCUGUCGGAGGAGGGGAGAGCAUUCGUUUAGCAGCCAGUGAGCUGACCAAAAGGAAUUUGAGUCAUCUCAAUCCAGAGACCCUGGGAAUUAUGAAGAAGCUAUCAGUUCGUCUUGCACAAGCAUGCAACAGCACGAACACCCAAAGAUGAAAUUUCAGGGAUAUUGACUUUCUUUGUAAAUCUGGAUCAUCAAUUUUAGGACUACAACCUGAAUUCUUACUCUAUU